CAGAACUUGUUGCAUGUUUAGAACAUUGGUCUGUAAAAUUUGUGUUUUCUGUUUGUUUCCAGUUUGGACCUGAAAAGAUGAAUAAGGUGGUUUUGGUGACGGGAGCAAAUAGUGGCAUCGGUCUGGCGCUUUGCGAGCGUCUCCUCUCCCAGGACUCAGAGGGCCUGCAGCUGUGUCUGGCCUGCAGGAACAUGCGUCGGGCUCAGGCUGCUCGCGCUGCCCUCCUCACGUCUCACCCCGCGGCUCAGGUGGCCCUGCUGCAGCUGGACACCAGCAGCCUCUCCUCUGUCAUCAGCGCCGCACAGGAGGUCAGGCUCAGGUAUAACCGGUUGGAUUACCUUUACCUGAACGCAGGUAUCAUGCCAAACCCCCAGUUUGAUGUAAAAGCCUUCUUCAGAGGCCUCUUCUCUAGCAAUAUUGUUACCAUGUUCGCCACCGGUGAGGGGAUUCUGACACAGAGGGACGGCAUCACCUCUGAUGGCCUGCAAGAAGUUUUCACAACCAACCUGUUUGGUCACUUCCUACUAAUCAGGGAGCUGGAGCCAGUUCUGUGCCACACAGGUCGGACCUCGCAGCUGAUCUGGACCUCCUCCAGUAACGCCCACCGCUCAGCUUUUAACCUUGAAGACGUACAGCACCUGAGAGGCACCCAGCCCUACAGCUCCUCCAAAUAUGCCUCCGACCUGCUCAGCCUGGCGCUCAACACACACUACAACAAACAGGGUUUGUACUCAUCUGUGAUUUGUCCUGGUUUUGUGAUGACAAGUCUGACCUAUAGCAUCCUGCCCUCUUUCCCAGCAUUCCUCUGGACCCUACUUAUGCCUCUCUUUUGGCUUAUAAGAAUGUUCACCAACACUUUCACCCUGACACCUUAUAAUGGAGCUGAAGCCCUGUUCUGGUUGUUUAAGCAAAAUCCUGAAUCACUGGACCCGCAUGUCAAGUACCACAGCUUAACAUCUGGACUGGGCAACAACUACACAAAACCACAGAAGAUGGACGUCGAUUUGGAAACGUCAGAGGUUUUGUAUGAGAAAUUACUGCAACUGGAAGGUGAAGUAAGGAAGGAACUGAAGGAAAAACUCAAAUAACCCACCCAGCAUGUAUGACAGUGGUCCUGCAGGAUCUCGAUCAUCUUGAUGCACAUCACUUAGUUCUGUGACAGAAAGAGUUUUACUCCUGCAGCAUGCCUGACAGAAAUA